AUGGCGCCGCUGCCGCUGGUGGCAGGCGUGGUGGUCGGCCAGUGGGGCGGCGGCAGCUACCCGCAGCGCGCGCAGAGAUACCCACAGGCCAUCCUCGAAGGUCUGGAGGUGGAGUUCGCUAUGGCGCCGCUGCUGUUGGUAGCGGGCGUGGAAGUCGGACAGUGGGGCGGCGGCAGCUACCCGCAGCGCGCGCAGAGAUACCCGCAGCAACAAGUGAGCUACGUGGGCUACACGCCGCCCACCCGCAACUCGUACGGCGGGCGCGGGUGGCGCGGCGCGCGCGGCGGGCGAGGCCGCGGGCGCGGGCGCGGCGCGGCGCCGGCGCGCGGCGGGCGGCGCACGCGGCGCGACGAGCCCGAGCAGCCCGUCAAGCCCACCACGCUCACUGUCAACGGGAAAACGGUGAGACCGGAAGACAUUGCUGCACAGGCUGAAGAAGGAAGCCCGCAUGAGGAUAACUCUGCUGCAGACAAUGAAGUUGAAGGAGCACAGCCUCAAAAAACCAAGACUGCUAAAAAUAUGAAGAAAAACAUUGGAAAAGGCAAGAAGAAGAGUUCCAAUCCGAAGACUGACGCCCAGUUAGAAGUUAACGGGCCACUCGAUAAGAACAAGAUGGAGCAAAACCACAAAUCUGAAAAGGAGCAUAUGGGCCAAGGCGAUGCACCUGUUUCUAAUUAAGUACUUUUGUUUGAGGUAACUGAUUUAUUUGUUCAACAUUUCUCUCCAUCAACCAGUAGUCUUAACUUUGUUUUUCACAGUAAUUAGUUCAUUCAUGAAUUUUCCACCAUUCAGUAUUGAGGAAAGCCUAAAACAGCCAUUUACUCAUGCAAUAUGUUUAUUCUCGUGAACCACAAAUAGUAAACAUUACAUUUAUUGAUGUUUCAUAUUUACGAUUUGUGUAACUUUCACUAGCACUCAUUGAAGUUAAAGUUGCUUUAUGUAACUUCUUGGGAAAUAAUAACUGACAUGUGAAUACAAUUAUUUUAGCACGUAUUUGGGUCAAUUCUUAAAAUUGUGAACAGAUAAGUAAAUAAAUCCACUAAGGAUUUUGUUAUUGUCUGUGAGGUGUGAUUCCACCUAAAAAAGUAUACGUGCCUGAAGAUCGAAAAGACUUCCCAAUCUUGAGACUGAUUUUAUAUUACUUUAAUUGACACACAACGUGUUCAAUUAAUAAUAAUAUUAAAGACAACCGGCUUGAAAAAGGCAUUUAAAUGCUACCAUUUACCCUACUAAGACACCUCUUAUACUAUUUUGUUAUUUGCUGCUGAAAAAGAUGGCAAUACUGCUUAAUUAAGAACAAUAUACAGAGCAUGUGACAAAGUAGUACAAGAUGAUUGGUUCUAAUGCUUGAGGUAGUACAAUAUCUCUUAUAAAAAGAUAAGAACCCAAAAGCACCCGUUAUUUGACAAGUGAUAAUUAGAAAUAUAUAUUAAUAAAUUAAUGUUGAUUGUUAAGUCACGUUUAAUUGAAAAGUGAGAUGACUUAGUAAUUAGUAUGUUUUGUUUAUAAGCAUAUGAAGUACUGAGUCAACAUUAUUUAUUUACACAUAGUAUAUUUACAAUUUACCAAAUCAUAAUUUUUAUUUUUAAGCUUGGUUUGGUCUAUAAAAUCCUCUUGAAUAAUUGAGAUUUGUCUUUGAUUUUAUAAAGAUCAAAAUAGACUGUUAAGUCUUAGCGAAGGAAUGAUGAUAUAGUCACCAAAGUACAUAAUGUUUGAUCUAAUCUUAUUGAUUUUUUAGGCUAAACCAAAUUGCUUUCAGACUUGUUUUUGGAAAUCUUGAUACUUUUAGGCUUUGAAGUGUGUGAUAAGUAUUAAAUAUGAAUCAUGUUAGAAAACAUUAUGCCAUACAUUUUUAUUACUUUACUUCUUUCGAUAUUUUUCGAAAGGCAAGGUUACGACAACAUAUUCAAGAACUGAAAAUAAUUAGUUAUAAUAAUGAAUGACAGUAAUGUUUUUUAUCAAGGUUCAUGUUGUAGUUGUUUUCAAUCUAAGAUUAUGUUGCAUUGUUAGAUUAAGCAAUUAUUGCUUAAUGAAACAAUGACAUCAUAAUGCUAGAAAGAAUGAAUAAUUAGUUUAGUUAUUGCAUUUAUUGAAUGAUUGUUGGUGCUCUGAAAUCUGUGGGACUGCCUGAAACGAGUCUGAAACUCAUAGAUUUAAGUCUAACGAUAGACGUUUAAAACUGAACGAACAUUCGCAAAUUGAUAUUUCCACUUCCUAUAGGGUAUUAUUUCGAUAGGAAAUUGUAGAUUUGUUAGUGAUAUAUUUAUAUGCAUUUUUGGAAAUACAAUUUUGCGAAUGUUCUUCACUUUAUAUGUAUUUUUGUAAAUUUGUUAUAUUGUUAUACUUAAAUUUAGCUGGAAUGACUAACAAGAUUAAUGAGACAAAGUCUUACUGUAAGACUCGAUCGGUGUUAAAACUGAAACAAUUAACAUCACAUUCCAUUUAAAUUUCACGAACCUUCUGAUUGUGCAGUUCACACCAGUCGAGAAUGGAACUAAAUGAAGACUUUACAAUUUUGGAACGCUUAACCCUGGCCGGAACAUAGACAAAUAUGUUGCUACAAUAACAUAUAAUUGAUUUCAAUAAUGAAAACAUGAUCAGUACUUGAGUGCAGUGCACACGUACAGCAGCCACAGCGCUGUUCCAAUGACUAAAUGCCAAACAAAAAAGCAUCGACUUCGUAAUACAACCGCCAGACGGCGGAGGGCGCGCGCGCCCGUAGCGAGCGUUCGGCUCGCGAGAGAACGCUCUCACUGCUACGUAUUCGCUAGCUGUCGCUCCGUGCGACAUGCACUUUAUAUUAUACAUUUAAACAUUUAUAUAUUAUUGCUUGCUUAUAAAAUAAACACGAUGUGUAGACUUUAGAAUUUUAACUUCAAUGUAUUUUGAUUUGUUUAGGAAUUAUGUGUAACAGCAAUAAAAGCAUGUUAGUGGGAUGACGUGAAUAAUACGUCUAUGGUAAUAUUUUCUGAGUAUAUCAAACGUUUAAAGGCACUAUUUAUAAACUAUAUUUGGUGACUUAUUAACGCCUUUUAAAAUCACCAUAUUCAUGCUGCUUAUUCUUUAUCACUUAAAUGUAACGUUAGUGGUGAUUCAAAGGAGGUAGAUUUUAUUUUUUCUUUUAAAUCCAUUAUUCACUAUAGUUUUAGAUUAUUGAACAGUAUAAUACCUAUUACAUUUUAAACUUGUUUGCUGACAAAGGUCAUUUAAUAUUGUCAACAUAAUAUAAUCGAAAUAUAUUAGAAUACUUGUCAUGUAAUACAUAACAUUUUUCGUAAUUGAAGUAGCAAACGUGGAACCGUGGCUUUUUGAAAACACUUAUAACUUAAGUACGUAAACCUGCAAUGUAAAAUUUUAAAAAGUUCAUUACUACUUUAGUUUGAACAACAAAAAUAUUGGAUGAAUUAAAAUUGUAAAGAGUUGUAUUUGUCUUCAAAUAAAACGUUCCAUCAUUA